UGUUUGUAUGUUGAAAUUGAGAGCAGAGCCGAACUCCAUGUUGUGAAAAGUUAUCAUCUAGGAACUUAACUUUUUAUAAUUAUUUUUAUUUUUGUCGUCUAACUUAUAAAAGCAUAGAUAUCACAUUCAGCCUCGUAUGGUGUCGCAUUAUGAAUGUUCUUAAGCGGUAAAAGUCUUGGAUUUUUGGGGGCAUUUGCAGUUAGUUUUUUUCUUCAUUUUUUUUCCAAUUCAAUUGUAGCCAACGGAAAUAUUUUAAUACGGAAGCCCAUUUUAAGUUGCGUUUUUACUGGCUUUACGGAUCUCAUGGACCACCCGUCCUCGUCGAUCAUAACGCAAGUGAGCAGGGAUGAAGAAUCCAGUGCUCCUUUACGGGACAGAGGUGCCCCUCCACAUGCUGCAUCCUCAUCGAAGAAACCCCGCAGUCGUGGCAUUUUCCACAGUCUCUUCUGCUGCCUUUGUCAUGACGAAACGGAUCACGUGCCUGUCAAUAACAACGCCCCGCUGCUGGUGGAAGAGAAUGGAACCAUCUCAAAAGUCCCAGCCAAACCACUUCUUCCACAGAUAAAGUCUAAAGAUGUAGGGAAGAUCUGUGUAGUCAUUGAUCUGGAUGAAACACUAGUCCACAGUUCAUUCAAGCCGGUAAACAAUGCUGACUUUAUCAUUCCAGUGGAAAUUGAUGGAACAGUACAUCAGGUGUAUGUGUUGAAGAGACCUCAUGUUGACGAGUUUCUCAAACGGAUGGGUGAACUGUUCGAGUGUGUGUUAUUCACUGCAAGCUUAGCCAAGUAUGCUGAUCCCGUCUCGGAUCUGCUGGACAAGUGGGGAGCUUUCCGAAGCCGUCUUUUCCGGGAAUCUUGUGUGUUCCACCGUGGAAAUUAUGUCAAGGACCUAAGCCGUCUAGGCAGGGAUCUUAACAAAGUCAUCAUUGUGGACAACUCGCCAGCCUCCUACAUCUUCCACCCAGACAAUGCUGUACCUGUUGCCUCCUGGUUUGAUGACAUGUCUGACACAGAGCUGCUGGAUCUCAUCCCUUUCUUUGAGAGACUGAGUAAAGUGGAUAAUGUCUACACUGUGCUGAAGCAGCAGAGGACUACUAGCUAGCACAACACUAAGGGCAGCUGUCACUAUGGGGCCAGGGAGGCCGCUGGGCUUGGAGCACCACACUGCUUCCCCCUAACAGGACCAGCCACUAGCUCAGUCCUCAUCACCUACCCAGAAUUCCAUUCAUAUGAUGUUUGAUAGAGAAAAAGAAGUUGAAUGACAGAACUGUGAAGGACAGCUUUAGCUAUUACAUGCAUUCAAUAAGAAGCUGAUUGUUUUAACACUCAGUUGCGUGAAUCUCAGGAAAGCAGGCAAGACCAUAUUUCACCCUGAAGUCAAAUAAUAGAAAUGAUUUUUUGCUUAAAGAAAAUGAAAGAGAUGCUUUUUUGCCUUUGUGACAUUAUUUUGACAAUUAAGCACAUUCCCUCCAAUUUUUCUCAUAAUGCAAAAAUUCAAACUUAUAUUUACUGUAAUGUGUAAAAAAAAAAAUUAUUUAAAUUGUAUUUAUAUAUUAUGGUUGUAUUUGUUGUACUGCCUUUAAUUUAUGCUUGUUUAUAAGAAACGUACUGUAUUACAGUAAUCUAAUUGUGAAUAAUAAUGGAAAUUGAAAAAAAUAAAGCUAAAGCAAAAUGUCCAGAUGUAUUAUGGUAUUAAUGAGGGACAAAUUGUUUAAUUGUCAUAAAAUUAAUUUCACAAUGCAAAAAAAUAAAUAAAUGCUUUGUUUUCUAUAUGCAAAUAUCAUUUUAUAUUUAUUUUUCUUUUGAUUUUAGGGGGUAAUGUGGCCUGGGCAUGUUUUCGUGUGAUUCACCCAAAAACGUGUUAUUCCUUCUUUGCAACUCUUUCAUUUUCAUGGUUGAGGGAAGCCCUGUUAAAAUGAAACAAGUUGAUUGUCCUCUUUAGUUGGUGAUUUGAGAAGAUCAGUUUUUUAAGAAAACGACUUCCUCUUCUUGUACGUUUAUAUCUUGAGUUAAACUUCCCUCAUUCCCUGUUUAUCGAGUUUACUUCAAGAUCUUACUUCAAGUGAGGACAAAACCAUGAAUGGCAAUCACAUGGAAUAAUAUGCUGUCUUUUUUAUCUAGCCAACUUUAUUGGACUCUAAAACAAGCUUUCAUCAUCCCUUUAUUUUUCAAAAAUCAUGUUUUUUUUCUUCUCCUCCAAUUUCUAAAUCAGAUAUGAAAAAGACUCAUGAUGCAAUCAGCCCACACUUGAAAUUCAAGUUUCACAAAGCAACAGUUGUAAGAAAGGGAAAUUGGCCCAGCACUUCGUGUCACACGGCCCGUUUUCACUCAGAAGGUUAAGCUAAUGCACCUUUUGAAUCAUAUACAGUAUGCUUUAUUUUGUCUAAUGCGAGGUCAUUCACCUUGGCCUUAAAAUUACUGUAGCAAAAAUUCAUCAGACAAUAUCAAAGUGGUCUUAUUUACAAAAUCAGUUUGUCUGAUACUGUAUAGUUUUAGAUUCAUAACCGUAUGCAAUUUGUGUGUUUAUAUUAAUCAAAACAAGUAAAGAAUACUGGAAUCAAACCUUGAUUUGUCAGUGGAAGCAGAUGUUCGAGUUGUAAUGCCUUAACUCUCCAUUAGAUCACUAAGCUGUCAGAUGGUUCAUUGAGAAAGUGAUUUGGGCAUUGGCGUAAGCAUGCCAUACUGUGGACUGGAGAGCCCCUGUUAAUGUGCAGUUGACGUGCCUUCUUGUUAGUUGCCAUUUAAUAUGGAUGGUUUUCCUUUUGGGGAUUGUAUACUUGCUCAGAACUAUCCGAGUUGAUUGUUUUGCAAGUGCCAAUAUCGAUGUUUCGAGACAUAAUGGUGAUGUUCAUGUGCCCGGGAGAGAGUGGAAAGGUGAUGUUAUGGUUUUUAAUACUGUUUUUUUUUUUGUCCAUUUUUCAGUGUUUUGACUUUUUAAAUAGAUUUGGUGAUGGCGAAACAUUUGCCAUCUCUCUAUAUUUGUGAUAUUAAU